ACUACAUGGACAUUAGCGGGCGCAGCGGCACAACCACCGAGCCGGAGUGGAUUAAAACAGCGUGCGUGCGUGGAGAGCCACUCGAUAAACGACUGUGUAACCAAGUCAGAAGCCCCGGUGUGCAAAUAGCAAGUCUGUUCCACCGGUUUGCAGCCGCGAAGCAGCAAGGGAAAGGCUCUUAGUAAACUCAGUAGUGCCGUGCAUUGUGUGCCAGGCAGGCAGGGAGAGCUCGGCGGGAAUGGCUUCAUCUCCGUGCGGCAACAGUAACUUUGAUUCCGGUCUGGAAAUCAAAACUCGCUCGGUGGAGCAGACGCUUAUUCCCUUAGUAUCGCAGAUCACCACUCUGAUUAAUCAUAAGGACAAGCCAAAGAAGUCCGAGCGCACCCUGGCAGCCAUACACCGGGUGGGCCAGGCCGUGAGCGUGGCUGUGGGCCGCUUCGUGGCCGUGGGGGAGGCCAUCGCCACAGAGAACCAAGAGCUCAAAGAUGAAAUGGGUCAAGCCUGCUUCGAGGCACGCAGAGCAGGUGAUGCCAUAGCCCAGCUGACAGAUGUGGGAGCAGCCUUGCCGUCCCAGUCAGACGGACGUGUCACAGUGUUCAGUGAUCGGACAGGCAUGGUGAAGGCUGCCCGCCUGCUCCUCUCUUCAGUCACCAAAGUCCUGGUCCUGGCUGACCGCAUCGUCAUCAAACAGAUAAUCACAUCACGCAACAAGGUCCUAGUUACCCUCGACCAUCUGGAAAGAGUCAGCACCUUCCAGGAAUUUGUACAGAUUUUCAGCCAGUUUGGCAACGAGAUGGUGGAGUUUGCCCACCUCACCGGAGACAGACAGAACGACUUGAAGGAUGAGAAGAAGAAAGCACGGAUGGCAGCAGCCAGAGCUGUGCUGGAGAAAUGCACCAUGAUGCUCCUCACAGCCUCCAAGACUUGCCUGAGGCACCCAGAUUGUGAGUCGGCGCGGAUCAACAAGGACGCCGUGUUCCACCGGAUGCGCUGUGCCCUGGAGCAGGUCAUCGAGAUAGUCACCGAGGCGCGGAGCUGCGGGGAGAACAAGAUCCUUCCUGCCAGCAUCUAUAAUGGCAUCAAGGACUUCAAGUCCAGCGUGGAGUGCCUGCGGGAGAACCUGUACUCCUUCCCCCCCCAGAGCAUGGACAGCCAGCUGGAGGCGCUGGUGGAGCGGACGGAGGACUUCACUGACUCGGCCUACACCAGCCACGAGCAGCGGCAGGCCAUCCUCGGUCUGUGCCAGCUGGCGCGCCAGGACACCCAGCAGCUGGUGCACGCCUGGGUUGAGGCGCAGUCUGUCCAUGCCAAAGAAGCUACGGAGGACAUGGAGGUAGCCAUCCUGAAGACAUGCCAGAGCGUCAGUGACCUCAGACGUGAGCUCCAUAAGGUGGCAGUCUGUCGUGCCUCCGACUUGCUCAAAGUUCACGGGGAGCAGUUGCCUCUACGGGCUCUCAAAGCGGCGGGCGCCGAGGGAAACCUGGAGGCAGUGGCGGAGUAUUCACGCACGCUCACCGAGCAGAAGGAGCAGCUGGUGGAGACGUGUCGGCUGCUGUGCCAUGUAUCGGGGACGGAGCCUCUGGAGAUUACCUGCAUACACGCUGAGGAGACCUUCCAUGUCAUUGGUCCACAGAUCAUCUCGGCAGCCCAGACGCUGGCCCUCCACCCGUCCAGUAAGAUCGCUAAGGAGAACCUGGAGGUGUUCUGCGAGGCCUGGGAGUCCCAGCUGUGCGACAUGGCCCUGCUGCUGAGAGAGAUCAACGACGUCUUUGAAGGCAGGCGAGGAGACAAAAGACCUUAUUUGUCACUUCCCAGACCCGGGAAACACUCAGCUAACUUGAAGACUGCCAAGGCUGUCAAGUUGGAUGCAGAGGAGCAGACGAGCAUGGCCAAGCUGGGUCUGGAGCUCCGUCUGCUGUCGUCGGACGUGGACACCGAGGUGGAGAAAUGGGAGGAGCAGGAGCACGACAUCGUCCGACAGAGCCAGAGCCUGGCCAGUAUGGCCUACAACAUGUACCUGUUCACCAGAGGGGAGGGGCUGCUGAAAACAACACUAGAUCUUUUUCAUCAAGCUGAGGUUCUCUCUGAAGAGGGGCUCCAGCUGUGCUCAUCCCUCCGCACUUUUUCCACUCAGCUGGUUGAUGAGGAAAAGUCUGUGGUGAUGACAGAGAUGGAGAAACUGGUGGCGUUAUGCCAACAGCUGCAGAUGGGGGCCAAGACUCCCGUGCAGGGCAAGACUGCCACCUUCCAGAAGGUGGAUUCAUCAAUUCAGACAACCAGAGGUAUCUUGACUGUUGUCCUCUCCCUCCUCCCAUUCUGCAACAAGCUCAACAGAAAGUACAAGUCAGAGAGAAGUAGCCUGGGCUCCCCGCAGGACUGGAGAGAGAGGCAGGAUGCUUCCACACCUGUCAAGGAGGAGGGAGCUCUCAACAGCAAGAACAGCAACGGCUUUGGUGUGAAAUCCUUGGAGCAGCACAUGGCCGGUCUCAACCUCCUGGAGAGCAAAUAAUCCAGGAAACUGUCACCUCCUUGUCCACGAUUCUCCCCUCGGAGCAGCACAUAGCCAACCUCACCUUUCUGGAGAACUAUUAAAAUCCAGACAAAUACUUCACUCCCCUCAUCCUCAUGCAUCCACCAGAGAGUGGGCUAGAGCAGUGUGUCGAAGAUGGUUUCCUCGGGUCAGCCAGAGUUUGUAUUUGCUGUCUGAAUGAUAAAGUGAAAGCUUUACAGAGGAAAAAGCAGAUCCAAGCUUGCUGUGCCCAGGGGCAGUUUUAACCCAGGGUAGUUUGUUACUGAAGCACCACUUCCAUCCCCAGCCAACAAGAUGGAGACAAUCAGCAAACAUUAUGACUUAAAGAGAGAGGCGCCUGACACAGACCUGAUUUUGGAAUCACUUUUAUCACUGCUCUGAAUAGUUGAUAAACUGAUCCGAAAUCAGGAGAGAAGUCCUCUUAAUGCUCAGCCAUACAUCUGUCUUCACCAUGUGCCUCUGUGUAACAAGCCUAUUUGCUUUGUGGUGUACUGUAAACGUGUUGCACAUGUUAGCAAAAUUGGGGGUUAAAAAAAAUACAGUAAAAUGGCUGAAAACCCACCAUGCAUGAUGCCAUCAUCACCAAACCCUUGUGUUUGAGUCUCUUAUGGUCAAUGUGUCAUAGGUUUGUAAUGUUAACACUUGUUCUGUAAUAUUAGACAUUUAGUGGUACAUUUUGUCCUUGAUCACUGGCAUUGUAGUCCUCUCGCUUGGAUAAAUAAGCAAGUCAUCUACACCAUAUGAUUAUUGACUACUUUCCAUACAGUUUGCCAUGGAAUGUUAGCCAUGUUAGUAACAAAAUCACAAUUUAAUGCCAAAUAUGAUUGUUCUUAUGAAGAGGCUGUGAUCUUCAGCUUGCUACUAGUGUGAAAUAUAAAGCUCUUACAUCUCCAGUGUACAUCACUGGAGGAUUAUUUUUAUUUCCGCCUGGUUUCUCCAAAAAGUUAAAAUGAUAAAGUUUAUCACUGA